UUUCGAGUCAAUCAGGUGAAGACCGCGGCGAGUGCAAAAUGUUAAAACUACGCAAUUAUUUGGCCAUAAGUCAGUCACACAAAGCGGCCCAUGCCCUAUAUGCAUGCGCGAUUACAGAGAAGUGUUGUCAAAGUACUGCAGCUGCAGUUAAGGAACCAAGUGCCGCUAGAGAUGAUGUCGAGUGGCAACAGGCACGGCCCUAUGAGGAUGUUCCUAACGCCAAUCCGCUUUCGCUAACCUUUAACAUGGUAUUUCCCGGAGGGAAAUAUAAAAAUCUGGAUUUAUCUCAACUGAUAUUGGCAAUGCGUAGAGACUAUGGUGAAAUCUUUCGAAUUCCAGGCAUUUUUGGCAGCGAUCCCGUGUUGACCACAUAUAAUCCAAAGGACUUUGAAGUUGUCUUUCGUAAUGAAGGUGUGUGGCCGCAUAGACCAGGCAGCGAUACCAUGAGAUAUCAUCGCGAGAAACAUCGAAGGGAUUUCUUUCAAGGUGUCGAAGGGUUGAUUCCUACCCAAGGUAAGGCGUGGGGUGAAUUUCGCAGUAUUGUAAAUCCAGUGCUAAUGCAGCCGAAGAAUGUAAGACUCUACUACAAGAAAAUGUCACAGGUCAACUGCGAAUUUGUUGAUCGUAUUAAGGCCAUAAGAAAUCCCAACACCCUGGAGGUUCCGGACAACUUUAUAGAAUAUAUAAACAGCUGGACUUUAGAAUCGGUCUCUGUUGUCGCGCUAGACAAGCAGCUCGGUCUCCUGAAGGACUCGCUCACUGAUGAAAACGCCAAGCUUCUCUUUAAAAGUUUGGAUGAGUUCUUUACGUAUGCCGCCGUCUUAGAAGUACAACCAUCGCCUUGGCGCUACAUUCAGACCCCAAUGUUAAAGAAGUUGAUGAAUGCCUACGACAACAUACAGAAGGUGACCCUGGCUUACGUGAAUGAGGCACUGGAUCGCUUGAACGCGGAGGCACAGCGGGGCCUAGUGCGACCCGAAAGGGAACAGAGUGUACUCGAGAAAUUGCUGAAGAUAGAUAAGAAAGUGGCUAUAGUCAUGGCCAUGGACAUGCUGAUGGCUGGCGUCGAUACCACUGCAAGCACUUUUUCCGCACUGAUGUUGUCGAUUGCCACCAACCCGGAUAAGCAGGAUAAGUUGCGCGAGGAGGUCAUGCGCGUACUCCCCAAUAAAGACUCGGAGUUCACAGAGGCAUCCAUGAAAAAUGUUCCCUACCUGCGCGCCUGCCUCAAAGAAUCGCAGCGACUACUGCCCCUUGUGAUUGGUCAUGCGCGGACAACUAAUCGUGACUGUGUUUUGAGUGGCUAUAAGGUGCCAGCAGGCACAUUCGUCUCCAUGGUUCCCCUAAAUUCGCUUACUAGUGAAAAAUAUUUUCCCCGACCAUUAGAGUUUCUGCCAGAACGCUGGAUACGCAAUGAGACGGGUUCAGAGGCCAAGUGCCCGGCAAAUCCUUUAAAAACAACCAAUCCCUUUGUUUUUUUGCCAUUCGGUUUUGGGCCUCGCAUGUGCGUAGGUAAACGCAUUGUCGAUAUGGAAUUAGAGCUCGGCGUUGCUAGAAUUAUAAGAAAUUUCAGGGUUGAGUUCAACCAUUCGACGGAGAAUGCUUUUCGCUCGGUGCUUAUCAAUAAGCCCAAUAUACCACUCAAGUUUAAGUUUACUGAUUUGGAAAAUUAAUAAUCCCUAAAAUAAUAAUUGAGAGCUGUUACGCAUUUAAAAAUUCAGUCAAGCGUCAAGCAUUAACCUUUUUUUGUAAAUAUAUGUAAAUACACUUUGUGAUGAACUAAUCGUGCCU